AUGUACCUGACCACAGUGCUGGGGAACCUACUCAUCAUCCUCCUCAUCAGGCUGGACCCUCACCUCCACAUCCCCAUGUACUUCUUCAUCAGCUGCCUGGCCUUCACAGAUGUCUCCUUUUCCUCUGUAACUGUCCACAAGAUGCUGAUGAACAUGCAGACUCAGGUUCAAUCCAUUCCCUAUGAAGGAUGUGUAACAGACAUAUUUUCUUCUUAUUUUUUUGCUUGUGUUGAUAACCUUAUUCUUGCAGUGAUGGCCUAUGACAGGUAUGUGGCCAUUUGCCACCCUCUACAUUAUGCCAUCAUGAGGGAGGAGCUGUGUCUAUGUCUGUUGGCUGGAUCCUGGUUCCUCUCCUGUGGAAAUGCCCUGACCCACACUCUCCUCCUGGUUCAACUGCCAUUCUGUGCUGACACCAUCAUCCCCCACUUCUUCUGUGACCUUGCUGCCCUACUUAAGCUCUCCUGCUCAGACACCUCUCUCAAGGAGGUGGUCAUAUUCACUGCAGGGUCUGCUGUUGUCAUUUUUCCAUUGAGUGGAAUCCUGGUAUCUUAUGGCCACAUUGGGUUCUCCAUCCUGAGGAUCCCCUCUACUAAGGGGAUCUGCAAAGCCUUGUCCACCUGUGGCUCCCACCUCUCUGUGGUGUCUCUAUUUAUGGGACAAUGA